UUAUGUGCAUUGAAAACAAGUACAGCAUGCUGCAUAUUUUUAUAUGUAAAUGUACCAAAACCAGGGGUGGACUGACAACUCAUGGGGCCCCCGGGCAAUAGGGGAUCAUGGGGUCCCUGUGUCCUUGCCCAAACUCAAAAAAGCCUAUGAAAAAGGUACCAGGGGCAUCUCAUGGGGCCCCCUACUGACCCCGGGCCCUCGGGCAGUGCCCGAGUGCUCAAAUGGUCAGUCCGCCCCUGCUCCUACCUAUCCUGCAUAACAAAUA